AUGGCUUUGAGUUCAGGACAUUGUGAAAAUUUCCCAGAUAGUAUUCCAUCGGCCAUACGCCCCGUUCCUCAUGAACCUGAUGUGCCUGUGCCUUCAACUGAAUUACCAAUCAUCUCUUCAGAGUCUUCAGACUCGGAACAUCCAGAAGCUCAAGACUCCGAUAUUGAAUAUAAACCAUGUCCAGCCGGUUUUCCUCAGCCCUCCUCUCAGGUUGAGCUUAAUGAUCUGACAAGAGAUCUUGGCCUUUCGAAAGAGGCAGUUGGAUUGAAUCGCGAAAAGGAAUUUAUCAAGUACUUUGAUGAAGAGGAGAACUUGAUCUAUUGUUCUGAUGCUCCUGGAUUGAUGAGCAAAUUUAAUGUCAUCUACAAUAAAGAUGAGUGGAGGCUGUUUAUAGAUUCAUCUAAAAGAAGCCUCAAAGCUGUUAUUCCUCAUCAUGUGAGCCAGUAUGCAUCAGUACCAGUUGAACACUCAGUUUGUACGGCAUGGCGAGAAGUGCUGUACCAGCCAAAGUUCUGGCGCGGAUUGCAACCUGUUCUGAACUAUCGAGAACUAAAGACCAGCUCUGCGACUGUCCGGCUAGGAAUCUACAAAAGCAUCGACAGACGAGCCUUUGAUUCGGUGUGUCUCUUUGGAGCAAACGAUGAGGACAUUUACGAGUUAAUCACACAAUGCCCACCCAGCCUGGCCAAUCGCGUUCGACAUGUUGCACUACGGUGCUCUGGUAUCACAGACAAAGGCUUAGAAAUUCUCGUUGGUGGUUUACCUUCCAUUGUCCAGCUGGAGCUCUCCGGCUGCAAUGAGGUCACUGAUGCUGGACUCUGGGCAAGCCUUACUCCUCGAAUUGUGUCACUGACUUUGGCGGAUUGUAUAAAUGUUGCUGAUGAUACUGUCGCUGCUAUAACACAACUGUUGCCUUCACUUUAUGAACUGAACUUACAGGCAUACCACGUGACUGAUGCGGCUUUGUCUUAUUUUAGUCCUCGGCAAACAACCAGUCUUUGUAUUCUGAGGUUGCGCUCCUGUUGGGAGCUAACCAACCACGGCCUGCUUAACCUGGUGCACUCCCUGCCCAAUUUAGUGCAAUUAUCUCUGUCUGGUUGCUCUAAGAUUUCCGAUGAUGGAGUUGAGAUGUUGGCAGAAAAUCUCAGGCAGUUGAGAUCUCUGGAUCUCAGCUGGUGCCCUAGAGUGUCUGACGGUGCGCUUGAAUUUAUAGCAUGUGAUCUUAGUCAACUCGAAGAGCUAACUCUUGACAGAUGUGUACAUAUAACAGACGUAGGAAUUGGAUACUUAUCAACAAUGAACAACCUAUGUACUCUAUACCUACGUUGGUGUACUCAAAUUAGAGACUAUGGAAUAAAACAUUUGUGCUGCAUGCGAAAUCUACAAAUUCUUUCACUAGCAGGUUGUUCAUUGGUUACAGCAAACGGAUUAUCAACAUUGACACAGCUACGGCACCUUCAAGAGCUAGAAUUAACCAAUUGCAGGGGCGCUUCAAAAGAACUAGUACAGUAUUUACAUCAAAACUUGCCUCGUUGUCUCAUUAUUGAAUAAAUUAUGUAAUUAUACUAUCAA